AUGUCAAGAGGGUAUGGGAAGUAUCGCCGUGGAGGAAGUUCACAUGCAAGUUUCCAUUUCGACAAUUUAUUUAAGGAAAAUGCUAACAAACCAUCUGCCGCAAGGUCUGCAGCCACUGUGGGCAAGUGGGGCAUCACCUCCUUCACUUCCAUACGUACCAGCAAUGGUUUGUCUCGUUCAGAAAACGAAAAAAACGCCUCAUCUGAAGGAGAGUCCGUGCCGAAGCCGAAGAAGUUCUUCAAGAGUCGCAACACGGAACCCCCUGACCUGUCUUCGUCCUACAAGGCCGACAUGACAUACGGCAACGUAACAAAGAAGCUGAAAUUAGUAAACGAACCGACGGAGAAAUCCAAAAGUGUUGGUCGUAAAUUUUUUUCGUCAAAGAGCAACUCGCCUGAAAAGACUGUACUAAGUUCAAAUGUAAAUAAUUCUAAACGAAACGAAACAAAACCUCCAAUAGUUUUAAGGAUAUGUAAAGGAAAAUCCCAGUUAGUGAACGAUUCGGACGAAUCUGAAAGCACGCCCACACCAUCCAGCACCCCAUCGACUUCAAACGCCACCUCUCCAAGGGCUCUCAGGGACACAGCACAAAGAUCACCAAAUUGUCGCAUCACCAGGUCAGCGAGAAGAAGCAUGCAACAGGACCCCAGCAGCAGUCCGGCAACGGCCGACACUCCGACCGAAUUCUCCCUCUUCACUUCGCCCAAACAGGACAUAGACCUGUCCCCGCAAUACAUCCCAGCUGAAAGAUACGAAAUGGAGCGGAAAGCCAUGUACGAUAACUUGCUUAAACCAAACUCGCCUUCGCAGCUGUUCCCCGAAGAGAAGAACAGCACCGAAGAUUCAGGAAUUGAUUACGUAGAUAGCGAAAUUAGUGCCGAAAAAGAGCCGGAAGAAACCGACAAAACCGAACAAAUCGAAACUAAACCGAGUGAAACCAUCGAAGAAAAAAGCCAACCGGUUGAAGAAACCAAAUCGGGGGAAGAACCAGUGACCAAGGGUUCAAUAGAAGAGGAAUGGGACACCGACGAGGACAGCAACAGCACCACCCCAGACUCAGAAAUCAAAACGCAGCUAACCGAGGAUUCGGAACCGCUCCCACUGCCGGUGGAAGAGCAGAAGGAGAAAAGUGCGGAAGAAGGCGCCCCCGAAACUAGCCCUCCCGUUAAAUUAGUUAUCUCAAAGAAGAAAGGAAGUAUUUUUAAAAGUAGACCUUUAGUUACGGACGUGACGAAAAAACGGCGCGCGUUGUACAGACACAAGUGGAGUGAUGAUAAAGACGCCACGCAAAAAUCGAACGAAAAUCCUAGUAGCAAUAAUACGGGUGGUUCAGUGUAUGACGAGUUCAGUUUUAAUGAUGAUCCUUUGACGAGGGUCACGGUUGGGGGCAACAGCGACGGCGAGGACGAGAGUGUGACCAGUAUCAAGUGCACCAAGAGUGACAAAGGGUUUUACACAGUCGUCCGCAACGUGAAGAAAGCCCACCAGAUCCAGGAAAUCGGCGAAUUUCAAGAAUUCAACGACGACGUGGAGUACAUCCUUGAUGCCUUGCAGGAUAAUAAUCCAAUCAGUACUCGCUGUUUAUCGGCCAUUACUCUAGCUUCUAAAUGUAUGGUGCCUGCGUUCCGGAUGCACGUGCGUGCUCACGGAACCGUAGCUAAAUUUUUCAAGGCACUACAUGACGCCACCAAAGACCAAAGUCUUGGUCUAUGUACAGCGACUGUCAUGUUCGUCCUGAGCCAGGACCGGCUCAACAUGGACCUAGACCGCGAUUGCCUCGAACUCAUGUUAAACCUUCUCGAAUCGGACGUAAGCUACCAGCAAGCGCUCGACGUCUGCGGCUUGAGCUCGGCCCAGUUGGAGAAAAAUAAACAGAAAGUUAGGGAGCUGUGUGCCGAGAUACAAAGUCAAGGGCAUGCCAUGCAUCUGAAUCUCGAUAAUAUAACUGUGGGUCAAUUGGCAAUGGAGACGCUUUUGAGUCUCACGUCGAAAAGGGCAGGCGAGUGGUUCAAGGAGGAGCUGCGGGAGUUGGGCGGCUUGGAGCAUAUUAUGAAGACGAUAUGCGAGUGCUGUAGACAGGUGUCUGAUUAUGUGGUUUCGUGGACUGAUGCCUUGUUAGAUAAACUUCGGAAAGUUGAUAGGUGUUUACGUGUGCUGGAAAAUGUCACUCAUAAUAAUGAAGAGAAUCAAACGUACCUGUUAAAAUAUAAUGAUGGAGUAAUUUUAGAUACGCUCGUUAAUUUGUAUAAACUAUGUGAUGGUGAAAUACCUCUGUAUCCAGUGACUGAUAUAACCGAUAAGGAGUCGACUGGGACUAUAAUAAGGGAAGCUCUUCUCGUAACUCUGAAAGUAUUAAUUAAUUUAACACACCACUUUAGUAAACAAUCCAUGGGAAGUACCUUAAUAGGUUCGAGGAACGGCAUUAUUGAAACAAGCCUGCAUCUGCUUCUCCAAGUGCCGCACUAUAUCCCCGAACAAAAGAAAUUCGAAUUGGGAGUUUUGGUCCUCAUGUUGUUGAUUAACCUUAUUCAAGAUAACGACAACAACAAGAAGCUGUUGAUUGAAGCCAAAGCCCCGUCAAAGCUGGAAAGUAUUUAUUCAAGUGAGUCAAAAAUCACUUCGGUGGUGUUUGCUGACUGUGAAUUUGUAGGAGAAGAAAGUGCCGUUGAGGCUUUGAUCGCGCAAUUUUAUCACUGGGAAGGGUGUGCGAAAAUCGCUGAAAAACGGACCAACGCGAUAUUGGACGGUGAAAAAGAUGAGAACAGUGGUAACGUUGCGUACAAGUCAAAUGAGGAAUUUAUCGAGGAAACUGUCGCUAAAUUGCUACAAAAAGCCGGCACACAUAUGGAGUACACCUUCCUGGCUUCGUACAUCGUUAUGUUGAUUGGAUUCCUGAUAAUGGACAACAAGGAGUACCAAAAUAACGUGCGACAGUUCCUCCGUGGGAACAAUUUUGCCGAUAUGGUCGAACUGUUGAAGAAGUUCUUCAAUUUUAUGAAUUUAACUGCUUCGACGGAAGCGUCAAGCGUUUGCGCAAUUAAAGCCACCGAAAAAGUCAUCAAGUUUCUGGAAGAGUGUGACAGUCCUCCGCCUGAAGAGAAGCCGAGUUAUACGGAGUGUAUGGAUCUUAGUUACACAAUGGCACACUAGCAUUUAAAUAUUGUAAAGAAUCAGUUUUGGUAAAUCGUAAGAACGUUUCAAAGUGGUGAUUGACUAUGAAAAUGCACCAUCAUUUCUCUAGUACUUACAGUUUACUGAAAUCACAAAAGUAGAAAAAAUACAAAAAAAUAGUCAUAUUGAUAGUUGACCUAGAUUACUGAACUGAAACAUUUCAUUCUUUAUUUUAUUACCUUAUUCUGUUGUUAGUAUUAUUUAGUGUUAAGCCUAUGAAAUUUAACGUAAGGUUCAGUAUGUCGUUUUAUAUUUUUAUCGUGGCGAAUUUAUAGUUUUGUUCAAGUGUAUAUACUUACUACUGUAUAUGAAUUUUCUUAUUUAUUUCAUGACUAGAUUACUUGUAAAAUUACCAUAAUGUUAUUUGGAUUGUUUAAAUAUAAUGUACAUAAUAAAUACUGAUACUUUUUAAAGUUUUA